AUGCUGAAUGCUUUAGGUCCAAGUGACCUCGAGUUUCCCAGUGUGCGCCACGCGGAGACGGCACAGCGGACGCUUCGCCAGGAGCUGCAGGCUGAGGCGGAGGCGAGGGCUGUCGAGUCCGAGCAAUACGAAGAGGAGCUGCAGCAGCUUCAACUCCGCUUGGCUGCGCUCCAGCGCGCGAAGGAGGCCUCAGAGCGCUACGUCUUGGAGGAGGAGGACACCUGGAUCAGGUCCCAGGAGGCCGCGCGUAGGGCCGAGGCGCAGGCCUCAGACGCGGCCGCGGCCGUGGCGCGAGCAGAGGCCGAGGCUGCGGCGGCAACGCAGGACGCCGUCAGGGCGUUGGCGGCGCAGCAAGCAGCCGAGGCCACCUUCACCGUUUUUCUUCCAGGUGUUACGGUUUGGAUAAAGUUCGUCUUGGAGUGUGUCCGGGGGCAGAGGCCUCUGAUCAAGAUCCAAGCCGCCAACUUGGAAGUUCCAGCUCCUGGUGUCGCGUCAUCCGCAGUCGCCCAAGCCCUGGAGAGCCUACCCACCAUCCAAGACUCUAAAUCCUUUGAGGCCGCAACACCGGCAGAGCAGGGCUGA